CUGCCCGCUGCAGGUGCACGGGGAGGCGGAAGUGUGCCAUCGAGAGCCGCGGGUCACACGGUGAAAACACACGUGUGCGUGGCGGAGGCUUGAUUUCUGUGAAGCCGAACAGGGCGAACACGGCUGUUUGCGUCUGUUUGCCUCAGCGACGCGGUGAAUUCUCGUUUUCUCAGUCCGUCCUUUUAAAAAAAAAAAAAAAGAAAAGAAAAGAAAAAACAUUUUGUUUAUUCAAAUCAGAGUUUCAGUUCUAUGACAGAGUUCCUUGGGUGUAAUUCAAGCGGAGUCAAACAUCCCAAAACCUUGAGAGAAGAAGAAAAAAAAGACGGGGGGGUAGAGUUUCCCCUUUCUCUGCGUCCUCCCCCUGACGACACCCGAACCGACGCGCACAGACGGUUUGCGGCGAGCUGUCUGUCUCUCAGUCAGUGAGCCUGCGCGGCUCGAUGUGUGACAGCAGGAGGAGGGAGACAGACAGACAGUUGCCGUGGCUGAAGGUCGGCCUGGAUGGCACCGCGUUCCCGCUGAGCGACGGCGGCAGAGCACCCAAGUGGCGAGUCGGGGGGUGGGUGGGGGGGCUGUGCGUGAAACUCAAAGAAGUCGGGAUGGACGGGAAAGGCACGCUGAAGAUUUUCCGGAAGAAGCGGGAGCUGAUCAAGACGCCGUCCAUCUCCAAGAAGAGCCGAGCAGGAAGCCCCGGGCCGCAGAGCAGUGCACCGUCACUCUCCAUCCUCCAGGAGCAGCCUCGGAAAGAUGCAGGCGACGUCACCCUCUCCUCUUCCCCCUUAUCCUCUUCCUCCUCUUCAACGCUCACCCAAGCCUCUGCGGGGCUCCAGGACCCCUCCAUGUCCUGCUCGGGUACCCCGGGCACCCAGCACAGCAAGCUGACGCCGAUGCAAGGGAUGGGCUGCCCGUCUCCUGUGUCCACCCUGAAGAGACCGACCGCACUGAGCAGACACGCCAGCGCUGCAGGGUUCCCGCUCCAGUCAUGGGUGUUCACUAAAGGCCAGGGGAAAGGGGCCUUGACCCCAACUCCUCCGUCUGAGAGUCCGGAGAGCACAGCCAUUGAAGUUGAAGACAUCCCGGCCCUGCUGAGGGACGUGGUACGCUUCGCCGAGGCUGUGGAGAAACUGAAGGAUGUGGUGCUGGCAGAAGGUAACACAGAGAGUCGGCGGCCCGUGGCCCAUGAGUGUUUGGGGGAGGUCCUGCGGGUGCUGCGCCAGGUCAUUAACACCUACCCCCUGCUAAACACCGUGGAGAUCCUCACUGCUGCCGGCCAUGUCAUAUCCAAGGUCAAAGGUUUCCACUAUGAGGCCUGUAACGAGGCAGACAAAAAGGACUUUGAGAAGGCGAUUGAAACCAUUGCAGUUGCUUUUAGCAGCAAUGUGUCUGAACUGCUGAUGGGAGAGGUGGACAGUAGCACGCUGCUCUCCCUACUGCCCACCGAGAGAAGCAGGUCGAUGGAGAACUUGUACGCUGCGACAGGCCAGGGAGCAGUGAGCAGCCAGCUCAACAGCAUCCUGCAGAACGUGGGCCGAGUGGAGGAAGUGGAUGUGGUCCUCCAGCACAGUGAGGGAGGGGUGGACUCGGCUCUGCUCUACACCAAAAGCAUUUCCAAGUACAUGAAGGACCUGAUCAGCUACGUGGAGAAGAGAAUUUCACUGGAGACCGAGUUCUCCAAAGGCCUCCAGAGACUAUACCAGUCCUGCAAACACAGCAUAACACAUCCCCACAUGCCCCUUUUCUCCAUCUACUCUCUGGCUCUGGAGCAGGACCAGGAGCAGAGUGUAGGGCUGCAGCAGGCCAACACCACCCUGCACACCCAGACCUUCAUCCAGCCUCUGAUGCAGCGUAAACAGGAGCAUGAAAAGAGACGGAAGGAGAUCAAGGAACAGUGGAUUCGAGCUAGGAGAAAACUGAUGGACUGUGAAGUAAACCUGCGGAAGGCCAAGCAAGCCUACAUGGCCCGCUGUGAAGAGUACGACAAGGCCAAAACCGCGGCCUGCCGAGCUGAGGAGGAGGGAGGAGGUUCUACAGCAAAAUCUGUGGAGAAGAAGAAGCGAUUAGAGGAAGAGGCUCGCAAUAAGGCAGACGAAGCGGAGGCCACCUACCGGACAUGUAUAGCAGAUGCCACCACUCAGCAGCUGGAGCUGGAGCACACAAAGGUCACAGUGCUGAGACAGCUGCAGGACGUCAUCAAACAGAGCGACCAGACGCUCCGCUCGGCGACCAUCUCCUACUAUCAGCUCAUGCACAUGCAGACGGUGGCCUUGCCCGUCCACUACCAGACUCUGUGUGAGAGCAGUAAGCUGUAUGACCCAGGCCAGCAGUACGCCGCCCACGUGCGAGACCUGCAGUUACCGGAGCAACCCAAUGUUCACUACACAUUCGAGGCCUACUCCCCCUCCAGCUCAUCAUCACUCCAUGGCCACAGAGCAAGGAAUGACAGUUUCAACACGGAGCAGACGAGCCACACAGACAGUCCUGCCACCGGCGUGGAGACAGCAGCUAGUGACAACAGAGACACGGAGGCUCACCGCAACAGGCAGGGCCACAAGUCAUGGAGCUCAACAGUGAGCGAUGACAGCGUUGUGGUAGAUGGAGGCCUAGAGUCUCCUACUGCCAGCACAAGUGACAUCAGUAAAAUGACUCGGACACCAUCCACUGGAACAAUGUCGUCUAAUGAGGAUGCAGAUGAGAAAGACGGGAAUGUAGCUUCAUUUGAAAGUCCAAAUAUUAAUGGCAUGGAUCCUGAUGUGGUGGUCUCCACCAGACCUUUCCGUAAAAUCGGCCUAUCCAAAGCAGCACAGACCCACCGAUUGAGGAAGCUGCGGACUCCUGCAAAGUGCCGCGAGUGCGACAGCUAUGUUUACUUCCAGGGCGCCGAGUGUGAGGAGUGUUUCCUAUCGUGUCACAAGCGCUGUCUGGAGACUCUGGCCAUCCAGUGUGGCCAUAAGAAGCUGCAGGGCCGUCUGCAGUUGUUCGGCAGGGAGUUCACUCAGGUAGCCAGCUGUGCCAGUGACGGCAUCCCCUUCAUCAUCACCAAGUGCAUUUCUGAGAUAGAGAGACGGGCACUCAAGAUGAAGGGCAUCUACAGAGUGAAUGGGGUGAAGACUCGUGUUGAGAAACUGUGUCAGGCCUUUGAGAAUGGCAAGGAGCUGGUCGAGCUCUCCCAGUGUUCCCCACACGACAUCAGCAACGUUCUCAAGCUUUACCUCAGACAGCUGCCAGAGCCCAUCAUGCUGUUCCGCCUGUACAACAGCCUAAUGGGUUUGGCCAAAGAGAGUCUGCAGAGUGAAGCGGACACACCAGAGGGACAGGAGGCCGAGUCAACCAGUGUUAACCCAGCAGUGGGCAGGGGGCCUGAGCUGGUGGAUCUUGGUCCUGACACCGAUCCAGAGGUCCUGGUGCUGGUGGACAAGCUAAAGGAGCUUCUAAAGGAGCUGCCCAAGGCUAACAUCGCUACACUGCGCUACAUCAUUCGCCACCUCCGAAGGAUCGCAGAACUGGAGGAUGAUAACAAGAUGAGUCCCAGUAACCUGGGGAUUGUGUUUGGGCCCUCCCUGAUGCGUCCCCGUCCAACCGGGGCCACGAUAUCCCUUUCCUCUCUGGUUGAUUACCCCCACCAGGCCCGCAUCGUGGAGGCCCUCAUAGUCUUUUAUUCAUCCAUCUUCCAGUCCAAAACUUCUCAGUCCCACAAAACCUGCCGCUCUUCCUCCACCUCCACUCAGCAGGGUACUGCUGCAGAUGACAAGAUGGGGAGCUCUGCCGAUGGAGAAGAGGAUGGAGGCAGAGAGGAGCAGAGUAAACCAGACUCUGACAAGAUGGAGGAGGGGUGUGAAAGUUCGUUGGGCUCCAGUGAGCAGCUCCCCGACUCUGACUCAGAGCUAGAUGAAAGCGGCCAGAGGACUGCACACUCCCGCAGCCUGAUGAAGCAGGAGAGCGAGAUGAGCAUGGACGACGACCAGCUGAGCUACAGGGACAGCCUGGACCUGUCAAGCCAGUCUGCAACCCACACCGACCCAGAACAAGAUGCGGAUCAGGACCAGGACAACCCAGAGGGAGGAGAGCCACCUGCUCUGCCAGACAGUGGGCCCCCAGAUGACAACACAGGGGCAGAGCAGAUACUGAACGCUUCUCUGGCUGAGCUCAACGUCAACCAGUCCAACAACAACUACCCUUAUUCCCCUGCUUUAAGCCGGUCAGAGCUUCCAGCGGCACGUCUGUACGGAAAGAAAUUACCCCUGACAAGGAACAGGGACAGCGAGCCUGAGUUUGUCUGAUAACAUUAUCAAAAUAUCAGUGUGUGUGUGUGAAAUCUGAGAUUAAGUUUAGUGACAGGAAUCUGUUUUUUAUACAUAAAAAUCUCUCCGUAUCAGGUUUCCCUGGAUUUUGAUGUAAAAAUCUAAAUUUUAAAUACACGAUAUGUGGGGUUUUUUUGUUUUUUGUUUUACCUUGUAGAUGUUUGCAGCUGUAUUGAUCUAUCCUGGCGGUGAAACCUCUGCAUGCUUACUGAUGUCUAAUGCAAUUACUCCUGACUCAAAUGAUAUGGAAGUGUACUUAAGUUUGUUUCUCUUUUUAAAAUGUUUUACUCAUUGCUCUUACAAUCGUAAGGAAAAGUGGGUAGCAGUCACACUCAAGUGUGUGCAAUGCAAAAUUUUUAAGUAAAUUCUCUUUUGAGUGCUGCUGGUUUCAUUUCAGCACUAGAAUUUAAAAAAAUAAAUUUAACAAGUUUAUUAAUGUUGCCUGUAUCGCCUUUGAUUGUUUGAUCUAUUUUAAUAAAAAUUCUUAUUUUAAA